AUGCUACUUUGCCGAAAAGCCAUUAAUUUAGAAACAGGAUGCGGAAUUAUAUGCAACAAAUGUUAUAAAUAUUUAGUAUCAAAUAAAAUGCCACCUUGUGCAUUAAAUAAUUCAAUGUGGGUUGGUGAUGUACCUCAAGAGCUACAGGAACUUACGUUAUCAGAACAAAAAUUGAUCGCUUUAUAUCGUCAAUCAAGUUGUGUGAUUAAAUUAUUUUCUAUUACACGUGAUUCUUCUUUAGCACAGACAGCAUUAAAAGGCAAUGUUAUAAUAUUUCCUCAAAAUGUAUCAGAGAUUGUAAGAUCGCUUCCAUUAUCAUCAGAUGAAUUGCCACAAUUUAUUAAAAUCAUCUUUGUGGGAAGAUCACUACCAAAGAAAGAUCAACUACGUUCGAUUCUUACCGUACGUCGAGAAAUAAUUCGAAAAGCGCUUAUAUGGUUAUGUAAGAAUAAUAUUUUAUAUAAAUAUAUACAUAUUGAUCAUUUGUUAAUUGAUACAUUACCAAUAAAUGACAUACCUGAUUGCUUAUGGAAUACUCUAUCAUUAGUUGAUGAAUCUGAAAGUCAAAAUGUUGAACGUUCUGGUUAUGUUAAUAAUUAUAUUGAGUCAAAUGAUUUACCUGAAAAUGAAAUAAUUUCAUUAAAUACAAGUGCAUUGAUAGAUACAGAUGGUGGUGCUAUAUCAUCUGUUGAUAUCAGACGACAUUUAAUAAGACAGAUCAAUACUACAAAUGAAGUUGUUACUAGUGAUAAUAAUAUAUAUUUUAUACCGCAUGGUUUAUAUCCAAUUUUAUUUCCUUAUGGUAUGGGUGGUGUCGAAAAUGAAUGUCGACAAGUGCGUGUUACCUAUGCAAAACAUAUUCGAUAUUUUUUGUCCUAUCAUGAUUAUCGUUUUGAAAUGAACACUUCAUUUAUGUUUGUAACGUUUAAUAUUUUACAACGACGCACAGCAUGUGCAAAAGCACGUAUACUUGUAUCAAGACCAUAUUUUACUUCGCAAUCUAUAGAAAUCAAUCAAUUAACAUCAGCUGAAAUUAAAAUAGCUUUAAGUCAAAUAGAAUCCAAUUCGUAUAAUAAUCAAUCAAAUCCACGUUUAGCUACUCUAAUAAAACAAUUAAAAACUGUUUCUGGAAGUGUUAUGGAAUCGAAUCAAUCAAGAUCAAAUUAUCGUAUUGAACUCCAUUCACAAAUAUUCUUUUCAGGUCUUCCAAAUAUUUUUAUUACUAUUAAUCCGUGUGAUUUGCAUCAUCCACUUGAGAUGAAAUUUGCUGGUGUAGAUCUUAAUAUUGAUGAUUUACUACUAAAUCAAAUGCCAAAAUCGCACGAACGUGCUGCAAUUGUAGCUCGUCAUCCUGUUGCUAUUGCACAGUUUUUUAAUAAACUUAUUUCAACAGUAUUAUCUACUUUAGUUGCUUAUAACAUUAAUACACAUGAAUCACAUCCAGAUGGUGAUGUAUUAGGUAAAAUCGAUACUUAUUAUAGUACCGUUGAAGAAUCUGAUCGAGGUGCAUUACAUCUUCAUAUGCUACUUUGGCUUGCUGAUAAUAAACAUUCACAUGAAUUACGAACUUCAAUAACAAAUGAGAUUUUCCGAGAAAAUCUAAUCAAAUAUCUAGAAGAUAUUAUUAAAGAAGAUUUAAGUUGUUUCAAAAACGAAAAUAUAGCAUUAGAUCCAUCAACAAUUGAAAAACAAAAUCAUACCUUACCAUCAAUAUGCUCACCUCUACCAUAUCCAAAUGAUGUAAAUUUUGAUAGAGAAAAACGAGCAGCUAUUUGUAUUUUGGCGUCACAAAAUCAAAUUCAUCAUCAUACAAGUACCUGUUAUAAAUAUCAUAAAGGAUCAAAUAUAGAUAAGAUGCCUUGCCAUUUACGAUAUCCAAAAGAAUUACAUGAUACAACAACAAUUAAUACAGAAACUGGAGAAAUUCUAAUGAGACGUGCUCAUCCAAUGAUGAACAAUUUUAAUGAAUGGCUUUUACUUGCUUGUAGGUUCGUCUCUUAAACGAAAUGCAGCUAGUCUCGAAGUAGUUGAUGUUGUAAUAUCUAUUAAGAUGUAAUAUGGAUAUCAAAUUUAUCUGGUCCGGUGUUGAUACAAAAGCCCUUGUCUAUUAUAUCAGUGAUUAUAUGGGUGUGGGUGUGGGUGUGGGUGUGGGUGUGGGUGUGGGUGUGGGUGUGGGUGUGGGUGUGGGGGUGGGUGGGGGUGUGGGUGUGGGUGUGGGGGUGG